CUCUCAGUCUGCGCAGUGUAUACCUAUGUGUAUACGUACAUCCGGCGUGCGCUUGUGCGGUUUCUCAUUCACAUGUGAGCGGGAGACUGUGACUACUCUCGUUUUCUACUCUUUUCGCUGUAUACUCGCUCGGUGUAUAGGGUAGCUGCAGCGUUUGUUGCUUUUGCGCUGUGUGUGUGUGUGUGUGUGCAGAUCUGCGGAUGUGGGAUAUCGCGCUCUGUGUAAACAGUAUAAGGAUUGAUGAAAUGGGAGAUCGAGACGCAGAAAUAGAGAGAAGAGGCUUUAUUAAAAGGCGGCGAUUUCGAGGCGUCGAGAUAAGAUCCGUUCCGCGCUUAUCUCUUGAUAUUGUACACAUGGCCUUCGUCGGGUAUGCGCGCGUUUGUGGAGAUAAAUCGAUAUUUUUUUUACUGUAUAUAAUAUAGGCUUUUAAUUAAUAAUAAAGGACUGGACAAGAACUAUAUCGAUCGCGUUAUCUUUUUAAUUUACAGCGAAUUCUUUGUCAUCGGAGAGGAAGAAUGCGCGAGCGCGUGUAAACGAGAGCCGCGUAAUGUUUUAUUUAUACGCUUGUAAUGAUUCGCAUUACGACAUAUACACAACCUGAUUUUCUUUGACAGUCUCUUUAAUAAGAUUUUUAAUCGAAAACGCGUUGCGUAAGGCCGUGCACCGUUAUUUAUUUACUUUGCGUAAUUUGCGCCUUUUUUAUCUACUUUUACGUACAUUCUUGACUUUAUUACACCCGAUAUUACAGUAAUCUCCGGCCGGAUUUUAAGAGACGGGACAGGCGUUUACAAGCACAAGUAUUAUAAACUAUAUAUAACGUGGUUUUGUCAGCAACACGUGUUCCCCCGCUGAAAUUUUCGAGGAAAACCCCUCUUCCAGUCUCGUUAACUUAUUUGCAAAAUUGCCGGCCGCUUCCAGUUACGUCAUUAUGUUUGGUGAGGAGAGAGAAAAGAAUCCGUCUGACGUUUUCGAGACAUUCCCGCGAUGUUAUCUGUGACGGAACGAACUAUCUUUAGAACGUGUGUAUGGUAUAAGCAUUGUUUUGAUUGUCCAAAUACGCUGGAAUUCCUCGCGACGGUUAAAUUUCGCAUCGACGUUCGAAAGCCUCACUAACGAGAAAAUGCAUGCUGUCAACAGAUGUGCGAAAAUGAGCGGUAACCGUUCGGAAAAAAAGUCGUGCUGAGCAGAGGCCGCCGUGAGAGUAAAAAGGGUCCCGAGUCGUAAACAGUCGUUCCGCAUCAGUCAAGGUCCGUUUGGGUAGUUUUUUUUUUUUUUUCGCGCGCACAGAUGUCGAGGGAGAGGCCUUUUUUCGGUUACUUCGGGAAAACGAGCGUUUGUUUCGAUCAAAUUUAUGGCAGUUCCGUGUAAUGUUUGUUGAUCGUCAUCGGAAUCGAUCGUAAGCUCAAUCGAGUCGAUAAGUAUAAUUGUUGUUCACGGUUGAUUUGUUAUCUCUCUCUCUCUCUCUCGAGAGAGAAGGACAAAGUCUUUCCUUUUAAGCGAAAACUCGACGCACGCGUUUAAUUGUCUUAUCUUUUUUUCAGUCCUCCUCUAUACCGUACACGAACUUCCUAAUUCCAGAAAGCACACUGUACACCAUCCACGUACACAUUCCUCGGCGGACUGCACAACAGUUUCUUCAAUUAGCUCUCUUAACUCGUAUCAUCGUCAAAGUUUCGCACGUACGCCAGAGCUUUCUCGCGUGUGUGUGUGUGUGUGUGCCCCUCGACACAUACACACGCGCGCGUAGAUAGGAGCUAGUAUAUCGAUGACAUCGGUGGCACACCUUUCGAGCGCUCGCGAUAAGAAGUCGUUAGUAUAGGCUCCGGCUAAAGAGUGUCACGAGAGAGCCACUGUUGGCCCCCGGACGCUCGGGCGCGUGUUGUUCGUUUUAUCAUCCAGGAGACGACGCGAGUCGUAGUUCUAGUUCUCAUCGCGUGGAAUUUUCGUAUAUGUGUCGGUGUUAGCUUGUCAGAAGAGCGAAGGGCAGGAGAAGUCAUGGACGAUCAUCGACGCCGGUCACGGCUUUUUCGUCAAUCCGGAGCACAGUAUGAGCCCGGCGCUGGGCCAGGCGCCGAACCUCAGACAAGGUCACAGCUGCAGUCGCCGCAGUACGAGUACAACCAGGCAUACUCCUCGUCCGCGGCUUGUCCACCGACGAGGUACGAUAGAUACAAAGGCGUCGCUCAGAUACAGAAGAGAAUGACGCAGAGGGAGGAUGCCCUCAAGUUCGAGCAGAGCCGCAUCAAGUCACUGCAGGAGGAGCGGCUUCUCAUCCAGAAGAAGACCUUCACCAAAUGGAUCAACUCGUUUUUGCUCAAGGCUCGCAUGGAGGUGGAGGACCUGUUCACGGACCUGGCCGACGGCAAGAAAUUGCUCAAACUCUUGGAGAUAAUUUCGGGCGAGCGACUCGCCAAGCCCAACAAUGGCCGGAUGCGCGUCCACAAAAUCGAGAACGUCAACAAGUCUCUCGCGUUCUUGCACACCAAGGUUCGGCUGGAGAGUAUCGGCGCGGAGGACAUAGUUGACGGCAAUCCACGUCUGAUCCUCGGUCUCAUAUGGACCAUAAUCCUGCGCUUCCAGAUCCAGGAGAUCGAGAUCGACGUCGACGAGGAGAACGAGAGCAGCGAGAAGAAAUCGGCCAAGGAUGCGCUGCUGCUCUGGUGUCAGCGGAAGACUAACGGCUAUCCCGGAGUUAACAUACAAGACUUUACGGGAUCAUGGCGAAGCGGUCUGGGCUUCAACGCGCUGAUCCACGCGCAUCGCCCGGAUCUCGUCAAUUGGUCGGACCUGCAACAGACGAAACACAUCGACAAUCUCAACUAUGCCUUCGACGUGGCCAACUCGGAGCUGGGCAUUCCUCGGCUCCUCGACGCCGAGGACGUGGACACUGCCAGACCGGACGAGAAGUCAAUCAUGACUUACGUCGCGUCGUACUAUCACACGUUCGCCAGGAUGAAGAACGAAAUCAAGAGUGGCAAAAGAAUUGCGAACAUCGUCGGUCAAAUGAUGGACGCCGACAAGAUGAAAGUCCACUACGGCAAGCUGACAACGGACUUGCUCGAGUGGAUCAACCUGAAAAUCGUAGUGCUCGAAGACAGAAACUUCCCCAACUCUCUUGAAGGCAUUCAACGCGAGCUUCUGGCCUUCAAGCAGUACCGUACCAUCGAGAAACCUCCUAAAUAUAAAGAACGUUCCGAAAUCGAAGCUUUAUACUUCCACAUCAACCUCCGUCUCAAGUCCCUCAACCAACCAGCUUUCGUGCCUCAAGAGGGACAACUCGUCAACGACAUCGAGCGCAAGUGGAUCGAGCUAGAGCGCGCCGAGCACAGACGCGAGGUUGCUUUGCGAAGCGAGCUUCUUCGUCACGAGAGGCUUGAACAGCUGAACUACAAGUUUGAGCGCAAGAGCGUGUUGCGCGAGGGCUAUCUGAAAGAAAUGAUACAGGUGCUGUCGGAUCCACGUUAUGGCAGUAAUCUGGCACAGGUUGACGCGACGGUGAAGAAGCACGAAGCCAUCAGCGCGGAUAUAUUGGCGCGCGAGGAGCGUUUUCACGAUCUGACUAACAUGUCCGAGGAACUCGUGCGAGAGAAUUACCAUGGACUCGAGCGUGUGCAGGCCCGCGAGCAGCAGGUGUUGCAGCGAUGGCGCGAUCUUCUGGGUCUGUUGGAUAGGCACAAGGCCAAUCUGUCGGCGCUGUGUUCGCUGAUGAGCCUUAUGCGGGAGAUCGAGACUACUCUUGCGAGCGUGCAGGAGCUGCAGUUGAGCUUCCAGAGUACCGAAGUGGGACCACAUUUACUUGGAGUAGAGGAUCUGCUGCAGAGGCACAGUUUGCAGGAGUUACAGGUUACCGCUUUAGGAGAGAGCCAACGUAGGUUAGCCAGGCAAGCUGCCCAGGUGCAGACUCAGGUCGCGGCUCAGACACAGCAGGCGCAGCCGCACGCGCUUAGCAAGGAGGCUGCCUUGCUGGAGGCCAAACUUGAACAACUCAACAAAGCUUAUGGACAAUUAGGAGAGUACAGUAAAGAACGAAAGGCCAGGUUGGAAGACGCCCGGAACUUCUUUCAGUUCCUGCAGGACCACGAAGACGAAGAGUCUUGGUUAGUGGAACGUCAAAGAAUCUGCAGAGCUGGAAUAGUGGCGAAAGAUCUGCGAGCAUUGAUAUCGCUACAACAGAAACAUAAGGCACUAGAGGAUGAAACAAAGACGAGAAGACCCAAGUCGGAACAGUUAAGCCAGGCAGGUAGAAGACUGGUUUGCGAACAACAUCCAUCUGCUCCGGAAAUCGAGAACAGGCUGGAGUCGUUGCAGGAACACUGGAGGGUUCUCGAGGAACUGUUAGCGUUGAGAAAAAAACAGUUAGAAGAAGCAGCAGAGGCCUUGCAGUUCUGCGCGGACGCCAACGAAGCGGACUCGUGGAUGAAAGAGAAAAUGGCACUCGUUGCAUCGGAGGACUACGGGGUGGACGAGCCUUCAGCACAGGCCCUUCUUCAGCGGCACAAAGACCUCGAGGGCGAGCUUAACGCCUACCGCGGUGACCUACAAUCACUUAACGCCCAGGCCGAACGAUUACAGCGCGCCGGCAUCUCUGCCCUCCAAAUUGAUCAAACGCAAAAUGCUGAAAACGAGCAGGCUGAGCCACUGGCCGAACUAGAGCAGGAGGAGUGGACGCAGGAGGUCAGACUCGUUCCUCAGGAUGAGUGGGUUGACGAAAUCGUCGAACGCACCGAGCCCAGGACUGUGCUGGAAGAGAGGCUUGUUCCGCAGGUCAGGAGUCUCUAUCCAUUCAGCGGACAGGGUAUGCAGAUGGUCAAGGGCGAGGUGAUGUUAUUGCUGAACAAGACGAACCCCGAUUGGUGGAGCGUAAGGAAAGCGGAUGGCACAGAUGGUUUUGUACCGGCUAGCUAUGUCCGCGAAGUUGAACCUAAAGUCAUUCAGGUACAAGUACGCAAACCCGAACGAGUCAGAGUAACGCAACGAGUGAAGAAGACGCGAAUGGUUCGUCAAGUGGUACCAGUCAGGCGUGUCAAAUCCACCCGCUCGGCCGUGAAACCAGUGCGACGUGCGGCUGUCAGCGACAACGAGAACCUAGAGAAGCGCAUGAAGAAGAUCAACGACACUUACGGUCAACUCCAGGAGCUGGCGACACGCCGCCACGCACUGCUCGAAGAUGCUAUUCGACUGUAUGGCUUUUAUCGCGAAUGCGACGACUUUGAGAAGUGGAUCAAGGAUCGAGAAAAGAUGCUCAAGGCAGAUGACUCGCGCGACAACGUCGAGACGGCCAAGCGAAAGUACGAGAAGUUCCUUACAGACCUAUCGGCAUCAGGCAAGCGUGUCGAGGCGAUCGACGCUGCGGUCGAGGAGUUCGUCACGCAGGGACACAGCCAGUUGGAUAAAGUCAGAGCUAGGCAGAGGCAUAUCCAUCAGCUGUGGGAACAUCUGAACUGGUUGAAAGCACAGAAAGAGAAGAGUUUGGAGGGUGCUUCGAGCGUGGAGUUGUUCAACAGAACGUGCGAUGAGGCGCACGACUGGAUGCUGGAAAAGAUAACACAGCUGGACACAGCAGAAUUGGGACCGGAUCUAAAAACGGUUCAAGCACUGCAGAGAAGGCAUCAGCACCUUGAACGCGAACUGGCACCAGUGGAGGAGAAAGUUCGAAAAGUUAAUUUAUUGGCCAACAGCGUUAAGAGUACUUACCCCAAUGAACUGAACAAUGUAAACGCUAGGCAAAACGAAAUACGCGAUUUGUGGCACAAAGUUCAAAAUAAAGCCCGAGAACGUCGGUCACGAUUGGAAGACGCUGUCGGACAGCAAAUCUUUAUGAACAGCUCAAAGAAUUUGAUCAGUUGGGCAACGGAAACUCUGGAAACAAUGAACGUUGAAGAACCUGUAAGAGAUAUCGCAACAGCCGAGAAACUCAGGAAACAGCACGUAGAACUCGGUGAAGAAAUUAAAACGAAGGAAGAUGAAUUCCGGGAAGUCGAAGCUCUUGGAGGUCAGCUGCUGUUGAGAAAUCCAGCUCUGAAUGAGGUAAAGGAACGCCACGAGAAACUUCACGGAUUGUACGACAACGUCACGUCGACUUGGUUGUCCAAAGAAGCGUGGCUAGAACAGUGCCUUGAGUUACAACAAUUUAAUCGCGAAGCUGAUCAAAUCGAUGCAACGACUAGCUCGCAUGCCACCUUCCUGGAGUUCACUGAUCUCGGAGAAUCUCUAGAUGACGUCGAGGCUUUAUUGAAACAGCAUGAAAAAUUCGAAAACACGCUUCAUGCACAGGACGACAGGUUGAAGGUGUUUAGCGACGUUGCUGACAAACUCAUAGCUCAGGAUCACUACGAUAAAAACAAUAUCAAUGAGAAACGGAAUCAAGUUCUCGCCCGACGUGCCACAGUCAAAGAGGCAGCGCAACGCCGUCGAGCAGCUUUGCAAGCCUCGGAAUAUUACCAGCAGUUUUCCGCCGAAGUAGAUGAUCUGAAGGACUGGUUAAGUGACAAGAUGAAAACCGCAUCGGAUGAGACUUACCGUGAUUUGAACAAUCUUGAGCGCAAGCUCCAAAAGCACGAAGCUUUCGAAAGGGAACUAAGGGCUAAUGAAGGACAGCUACGAGCAGUUAACAAGGCUGGAAAAGCUUUAAUAUCCGAGGAAAAUUACAGAUCUGAGGACGUUGGAAAAGUCUUGGAAGAUUUGAACAAACAAUGGGAUGAGUUAGUUGUGUUAUCCAUGGAAAAGGGCAGACGAUUGCGCCAAGCUGCCGCGCAACACGGAUAUAACAGAAUCAUAGAAGACGCUCGACUCGAUUUGGAAGAGAUUGAAAAUUCCCUGGCGAGCCAAGAAGUUGGUCAGGAUUUGCGUAACUGUAAAGAUCUUCUUAAGAAACACCAGCUUCUGGAGACGAAAUUAGGGCAAUGGGAGCAAAAGGUGAACGACCUCGUACAAAUGGGACAAGAGAUGGCUCACGAAGGUCACUUCGAUGCACCAAACAUUUUAAAAACUAGUCAAGACACUCAGAAGAAGUUCCAAAGUCUCAAGGAACCGGCAAAAAGACGCCGUGAAGCUCUAGAGGAAAGUCUACGAUUCCACAAGUUUGGUUUCGAAUUAGACGCAGAAUUGCAAUGGAUCAACGAUCAUUUGCCUCAAGCAACGUCUACCAUGAUGGGCCAGAACUUGCAUCAGACGCAAUCUCUGCACAAGAAGCACAAGAAGUUCGAAGCGGAAGUACAGGGUCACGAACCAAUGAUCAUGAAAACUCUGGCUUCUGGUCAAGGACUCAUCGAUCAAGCGCAUCCUGAACGAAAGAAGAUUCAAGACCUAUGCGAUACGUUGAGCAGCGCAUGGAACCACUUGCGAGAAAAGGGAGCUGAGCGAAGUCACGCUCUGGACUUGUCCCUGAAAGCCCAAGAAUUCUUCUUUGAAGCCGGCGAGGUAGAAAGCUGGCUCGUCGAGAAGAACGACGUUCUCAAUUCCACCGAUUACGGACGAGAUCGUGAUGCAGCCACUAAGUUGCUCACGAAGCACAAGGCUCUCGAACUCGAACUGGACACCUACAACGGCAUUGUCACGGAGAUGGGCAACACUGCCUCGACGAUGAUCAACGCCAAACACCCGGACAGCAAGGCUAUAGCCAACAAGCAACAGGCUAUUGCCCAGCAGGUCAGAUCCCUCCAACGUCUGGCUACUCUGAGACAGCAACGUCUCAUGGAGAGUAUGUAUCGGCACGAGUACUUCCUCGAGAGCCGAGAACUCGAGCAGUGGAUAAAAGAACAAGAACAGACUGCCUCCUCCGAGGACUAUGGACAGGAUUACGAGCACCUGUUGCUUCUUCAAGCCAAAUUCAAUGAUUUUAAACACAGGAUAGAGGCCGGGUCGGAGAGGUUCAAUCAGUGUCAAGUCUUGGCGAAGAAGUUAAUUGCAAAUGAGAGUCCGUACAUUCAGGACAUCGAGAAGAGACAAGAGCAACUUGGAAACGGUGAAGACGAUCCGGUACUCGAGGUGGCUCAGUUGCAUGCCAAGAUGUGCGAGUCGUGGCAGCACCUCCUGAAGCUUGUGCGCAACCGAGAACAGCGAUUACAAGCAGCAGGUGAGAUCCAUCGUUUCCACCGGGACGUUGCUGAGGCUCUCUCCCGGAUCCAAGAAAAGAAAGCCGCAUUGCCUGACGAUCUUGGCAGGGAUUUAAACUCAGUUCUGGCGCUCAUUCGACGCCACGAGGGCUUUGAGAAUGAUCUGGUUGCGCUCGAAGCGCAGCUACAGGUACUGGUGGAAGAUGCUGCUAGGCUCCAGGCCCUUUACCCGGGUAAUAACGCCGCCCACAUCGACCAACAGCAAAAGAUUGUGCUGGCCAACUGGGAGGAGUUGAAGGAGAGAUCGGCUCACCGUAGGGAUCAGUUGCAAGCCAGUUGCGAUUUGCAGAGAUUCUUAACGCAGGUCAGGGAUCUGACAAAUUGGACGGCCGGUCUGUGCGCGACCAUGUCGACGCAAGAUAACGUACGCGAUGCUGCUAGCGCGCAGAUUCUAAAGGCCGAACACGAGGCACUGAAAGGAGAAAUCGAAGCGAGAGAGGACACCUUUAGCAAUGUUCUCGACCUUGGCGAAGCCAUGGUUCAAACUGGACACUAUGCAGCAAGCGAAGUCGAAGAAAAGUGUAGCCAACUCCUAGACGAGCGCCAGAAGCUCCACACGGCCUGGCAACAGAAGAAGAUUCAUCUGGAUCAACUGAUAGACCUACACUUUUUCCUGCGUGAUGCCAAGCAACUCGACAAUCUCUCCACGACCCAAGAGGCUGCCUUGAGCAACGACAAUUUUGGUGUGUCAGUUGAGGAGGUCGAUGCUCAGGUGAAAAAACACAACGAGUUUGAAAAACUGUUGAUCACGCAAGAAGACAAGCUGGCCGCAUUACAAGAGCACGGCAGCAAAUUGUUAUCGCAGAAUCACUUCGAGUCGCGUACGAUAGCCAAACGACUUGAUGAAGUGAUCAAAAGACGAGCGAAAAUACGCGAGCUGUGCAACGCCAGAAAGGCAAGAUUAGAGGCUGGACUAUUGCAUGCACAGUUCGUAAGGGAUGUCGGUGAAGCUGAAUCUUGGAUCGGUGAAAGGCAGAAGAAGCUCGAGGCUGAAGCUUCAAAGGGACAGGUCUCUAGUUUAGAGGACAAGAUUAAGAAAUUGCAGAAACACCAGGCGUUCCAAGCUGAAUUGGCAGCCAAUCAAAGUCGCAUUGAGGAAAUUAAAGUGAAGGGAGAGACGUUGUUGAUGCAUAAGCAUCCGGCAAGUGCCGAAAUUCGACAGCAACUUGAUCAUCUUCUAUCUUCGUGGAAGAAACUUCUAAUCGAAUCGGAGAAUCGUGGCAGAGGCUUGGAAGAAGCGCAGGACAUUCUCGACUUCAAUAACCAGGUUGAGAAGAUCGAAGCUUGGAUUCGAGACAAAGAAAUGAUGGUACAAGCCGGAGACAUUGGUAAAGACUACGAGCACUGUUUGAGUCUGCAGCGUAAACUGGACGACGUCGACAGCGACAUGCGAGUUGACGACGCCAGAAUCAAAACGAUCAACGCACUGGCAGAUAAGCUGAUUAAGCAGGUUGAAAAAGAUGAAGAAACUAAAGCGAUCCAACAACGUCGAGAUGGCUUCAACAAUAAAUGGCGUGGGUUACAAGGAGCUCUUGGCGCGUAUAGAGAAACGUUGGCAGGGGCCCUGGAGAUCCACUUGUUCAAUCGCGAUAUCGAUGAUACGAACCAACGUGUCGUAGAGAAAUCUCUGGCCAUGAACACGAAUGACGUUGGAAAAGACUUGGCUGGCGUCGAUCACUUGCAGCGUAAACAGGAAGCGAUGGAGAGAGAUAUGACUGCCAUCGAAGGCAAAUUGAAGGAACAUCAAACGGAGGCACAUAUUCUUUCGCAAAAAUACCCGGAAAAAGCUUCUCAGAUUAAUGGAAUCCUUUCGGAAUUGGAGACUAACUGGAGCGAGUUGCAACGUUUGACAAGCGAUCGUCGACAGGCUCUCAUCCAAGCUUAUACAUUACACAAGUUCCGUGCAGAACUGCGCGAAUUAGAAAUUUGGGUGGCGGAGACCAUCAAGCGUAUGAAUGAAGUGGAACCGCCAACGACUAUCUUGGAGGCCGAAGCCUUGCUUGAACUACACCAAGAGAGAAAGGCGGAAAUCGAUGGCAGGCAGGAUACCUUUAAGGCGCUUGGAGAGCAUGGGCGUAAGCUGAUUCCCAUGGGAGAAUUCAUACAAGAGAGUUUGGACCAUUUAGAGCAGUUGCAACAGGAAUUGAAUGACGCCUGGCUUUCGGGUAAGCAGAAACUCAAGCAGGCUCAUCAACUACAAUUAUUCAAGGAGCAAGCUAAUCAAGCCGAUAGCUGGCUUGCAACGAAAGAAGCAUUCCUAAACAACGAUGAUCUCGGAGACUCGUUAUCUGGAGUCGAGAAAUUAAUGCGAAAACAUGAAGAUUUUGAGAAAAUGUUGACGCCUCAACUCGGACGAAUCGAGGAGCUAGAAAAGUUCGCAAGCGCUGUUCUUGCUGAAGGCCACGCUGACGCGCCGAGUAUAAAGUCGAGAUUAGCAGCUGUUUGCGCGCGCAGAGACAAGCUCAAGAACAGUGCUCUGGCCAGGCGAAAUAAACUGGUGGAAAGUCGACGUCUUCACCAGUUCUUGCGUAACGUCCUGGAAGUCGAAGGUUGGCUUCACGAGAAGCAACAAGUGGCGAGCGACGAGAACUAUCGUGAUUCUACAAAUCUGCAGAGCAAGAUUCAGAAGCACGUGGCAUUCGAGAGUGAAUUGGCUGCUAACAAGGGGCGAGUGUCCGCUGUCACUACCGAGGGCGAGGCGCUUGUCAAGGAAGACCACUUCGCUUCCAAGGAAAUUCAAGAGCGCCUUGAUGAGCUGGAGGCUGAGUGGGAGCUUUUACAGGAAACCAGUAAAUUAAAGAAGAACCGACUAGAUGACGCUUACCAAGCGCUACUGUUUAGUCGAACUCUAGACGAGUUCGAAGCCUGGAUCGACGAAAUCGAAACGCAACUGCAGUCCGAGGAUCACGGUAAGGAUCUGUCGAGCGUUGCCAAUUUGCUGAAGAGACAUACCAAUCUGGAGAACGACGUGAUGAGCCAUAACGAAACUUGCGAGUCUAUCAAGGAAACCGCAGCUAAUUUCCAACGUGCCAAACAUUUCAUGAGCGAGGAGAUUCAAGAGAGAGCAGCGACUACUAUUACCAGGUAUCAUGGGCUGCAAGAACCUAUCCAAAUUCGUAGGGACAAUCUAGAAGAUGCCAAACUUCUUCAUCAAUUCGCAAGAGACGUAGAGGACGAGUUGCACUGGCUAUCUGAGAAGGAAGUUCUCGCCGGCAGUAAAGAUCUCGGUAGCUCGUUAACGACUGUGCAACGGUUACAGAAGAAACAUCAUGCGCUUGAAGCUGAAUUAAUUUCACGAGAACCAGUGGUCGCUUCGCUGGCUAGCAGAGCUACUGCCAUGGUUAGGAGCGGUCACUUCGCAUCGGAGAAGAUCGAAUCCCUGUCUCGAGAGUUGCAAGAAAAACUUAUGCACCUGAGAGAUCUUGCAAGCGUAAGGAAGCUGAGGUUGCUCGACGCCGUGGAAUCACAAAUGUUCUAUGCUGAAGCGGCGGAAGCUGAACAAUGGAUCAAAGAAAAACAACCGUUGUUGAACUCGACGGAUUACGGUAAAGACGAGGAUUCAGUCCAGUCGUUGUUUAAAAAGCUAGAGGGAGUUGAACGUGAUCUGUGUGGAUUUACGAGUACAGUCGAAAAUUUGAAAAAAUUGUCGAAGGGAUUGGUUGAAAGGCACCACUUUGACAGUAAAAAUAUAGCUUACAAGCAGUCAGAGAUCGAGCAUAAGUUCGAAAAUUUACAAAACUUGAAAGAGAAGAGAUCUCAAAGACUACUGGAAAGUGAAAAAUACCACAGAUUUAUCAUGCAGGCCGAUCAAGUUAUAGAAUGGAUCGGAGAUCAAACAACGAUCGCCGCAUCAGAAGACUAUGGUUGCGAUGUAGAACACGUUGAGCUGCUCAUUCAGAUGUUCGAGAACUUUUUGUCCAGUCUGAUCAGUAGCGAGAACCGAAUGACCGGUAUAAUCGAAGCUGGCCAGAAGCUUCUCGAAGAAAAGAAUCCCGAGUCUAGCAAGAUCCACAGCAAGAUCGACGAGACCAAACAGCAGUGGGAAGACUUAAAAGAAUUGGCGCACGCGCGUCAAGAGGCGCUUGCCGGUGCCAAACAGGUGCACAUGUUUGACCGAACGGCCGAUGAGACCAUCUCUUGGAUUCAGGAAAAAGAGGCAACUCUAGGUUCCGAUCACGAAUACGCCCAUGAUUUAGAGACAAUCCAGGCACUUGUUCGCAAGCACCAAGGCUUGGACACCGAUUUGGGUGCGGUAAAAGAACAGGUCGAAGCAGUGAUGGAAGAAGCGUCAAGGCUAGCGGCACUGUUCCCUGAUGCGACAGAACACAUUGCCGUGAAACACGAGCAGGUGGACGAGUCCUGGAACGAUCUUCUCGAGAAAGCUGCUCAACGUAAGGGCAAACUCGUUCAAGCAGAACAGCUUCAAGCUUACUUUGACGAGUACCGGGAUCUCAUUUCCUGGAUUAACGAAAUGGUCGCCAAGGUCACGGCCCCAGAACUGGCGCGUGAUGUUCCUGGGGCUGAGGCCCUCAUUUCACGGCAUAACGAGUACCGGGCCGAGAUUGACACGCACGACGACGCAUUCAGCAAGUUCUACAAAACUGGCCAAGCUCUCGUGCAGCAAGGACACUUCCUCGCCAAAGAGAUUCAAGAGAAAGUAUCCGUGCUAAGACAAAGGAGUCAGAUUUUGGAAGAAACGUGGGAACAGAGGAAGCUCAUAUAUGAACAGAACCUGGAUACUCAAACUUUCAAAAGAGACGCUGAGACGCUGGAGAACUGGAUCGCGAGCAGAGAACCGAUGCUGAGGGACGAACAGUACGGUGAAUCGAUACCGCAGGUCGAGGAGUUGAUCAUGAAACAUCAAGACUUUGAAAAGACCAUCGAAGCACAGGAAGAAAAGUUUAAUGCGAUCAAGCGUAUAACAAUGCUUGAAAAGGCCUUCCAAAAGCAACUCGAGACCGAAAUGGCAGCGAGACAGGCCGAGAAGGAACGCGUCGAAAAAGCGCGUUUGGAGGAACGCAAGCGCAAGGAAGUGCAAAGGAUUACGGAAGAACGAAAACGGGAAGAAGAACGGAGACGUUACAUAGAAAGUCCGCGUCACGUGUCACGGGAUGAAAUGAACGGCACUUACGAUGAUCAUGAAACGAUGAACAGGUCAUCUUCGCCCAUGAAAGGCGGAGCAGGCGAUGCAUCGCAGAACACUCCAACUACGAGUAAAUCUUACGGUGGUCUACACCACAUGUUGAGCGACAGACUGAGAAGAACAUCAGCCGCUGACAUUAAACGAGCCGAAAGUAUGAAGGUAGACACGAAAAAACCAAAGAGAACACCAAGCUUUACCACAAGACGAAGAACGCAAAGCUUUAGAAAGCAUCAAAGAAUAGAAAACGUCGACUCGUUACCACCAGUAGAAAUCCAAGGUGUACUCGAAAGAAAGCAUGAGCUCCAGAGUGGAGGCAAAAAGGCUGCAGUGCGCUCCUGGAAGCCGUAUUACACUGUUCUAUGCGGGCAGCUAUUGUGCUUCUUCAAGGACAUUGAUGACUUCCAGUCGAGCAAAGCCGCAACUGCACCGAUCAACAUAUUCCAUGGAACUUGUGAGAGAGCCGAGGAUUACACGAAGCGCAAGAACGUCUUCCGAUUAAAAUGCACGGAUGGCUCGGAGUUCUUGUUUUUGGCAUCUAGCAAGCAAGACAUGGAAGAUUGGGUUAACAAAAUUUCAUUCCACGCUAAACUACCGCCUAGCCUUCAACUUAUGAGUUACGAUGAUUCACACAAGGACCUAGAGGGAAUACAGAAUUUGUCGCCCGAUCACUUGGACGACGCACCGUCUACUGGUAGCAGCCACGCAUCAACGCCGGAAAUGGAGCGUAAGAAUUCUGUAAUCAGACGUGACGUUACACCAAAUGCAAGUCAAGGUCCAGCAGAUUUGUCGCCGAAACAGCAACAGCAACACCAACCGCAAGUUCAUAAAAAGCGAUCAGAUCCGAACAGGAAUUCAGAAAAUGUAGGAAGGUCGACUCCCGACACACAGCCACAGAAAGAAUUCUUACAAAUGUACAUGCAACAACAGCAGCAACAGCAACACCAUCAUCACCACCCAAUGCAGCAACAGCAGCAGCAACCGCAACCGAGGCCUCACGACCAGCAUGUCAAUCAACAACACCUAGCGAUGCACUCAAACGAGAAACCGCCAAUACCACCCAGAGGAGCACCUCCGCCGGUUCCCGCAAGAUCGCCGAGCUUCGACAAUACCGUGCCACUCAGACGAAAUGAUGUAGAGCAACACUAUGGACAGCAAAAUAGGCCACAAUCCUAUCAACCAACAAGUGGAAACAUGAACCUAAACGGUACCUCUGGUCAGUACAACGCGAAUGAUGGUAGUUGGCAUAGACCGCCUAAUGUAGAACACAAUGCCCAUUACCAACAACAAGGUAUACGCACUGCCAAAAUCGUGCCUCCGUUACCCUCGACUGCUCCUCCGCCUUCGAAUAAAAUAGCUCAUUGGAAUAGCCCUCAUGAUAACGCUUAUGGAAAUUUCCCAGUCAAUUCGAGGCAGAUUGCUGGACAUCAAAUGAACACAUUUACCGGUAGACCAACUUCAUUACCUCCUUACGUAGCACCACCGAUGGCUUCAUCCCCAACAAGUCCUCCGAGUAUUUCCGUAGUGGACGGGGCCGGUCGCCGAGCGUCCGAGAGUGGAUCGGAAAGCGAACAGAGUUUCGGCGGUUCGCGGAAAGAUCGCGACUACAAGAAAACUUCCGUACUAAGUAACUUGUUUGGUCGGCGCAAAAAGCCCUCGCAAUAAUAGUUUAUAUAUAUACACACACACACACACACACAUAUAUAUAUAUAUAUAUAUAUAUAUAUAUAUAUAUAUAUAUAUAUAUAUAUUUGGUAACAGCUGGACUGCGAGAUUAAUUUUUUAUUGAGAUACGUCUCAAACCUAUCGGGUGACUGUAACAUCUAACCUCUGAUCGAGUACUUGUUCGUUUUUAAAUUAUUUUUAUUUGCAUAACAUGAAAUAAUUGUUUUGAGGCUCUGCGCGCCUUUAAACGUAUAAACGUUUUGAACUUUGUCGAUAAUAAUUGAAAUCUUCUUUUGAAUACUUUUUUGCCUGUUGAUUUAAUAAAGAAUGAUUGUUAAAAUACUCGCGUGUUAAGAAAAAAAGCAAGAAAUCAUCAAAAAAAUUAUUUUCCGAUUCAAGUGAACCUUGAAUUUGUUUAUGAAAUGAUCAAAGUUCUAUAACAACCAUCAAAUAAGCCAAUAAGUAACAGUAAUCAAGAUAGAGGAAUCAAAACUCAUCAACAGUAAAUAAAUGAAUGUAGGACAUACAUACACCGGCUUAUAAUGUACCUGACCAUUGAAUUGAAAAGAAAAUAAGAUUAUAAAUUACGCGACUGUAGCGCAAGAGAUUUGUAUGUUUAUUUUGUAGAUGAUUUAAUAUAUAUUUUAUUGUGUUGAAUAAUAUUGUAUAUUCAAGACUAUACUAUUCGGGAACAACUACUGUAUUAAGAUGUAUGUUGUAUGAAAUCAAAUUUAUAUAAUAUAGUUUUGGAAUAAAAAGCUUAUCUUUUGUAAGAAUGAAACACCAUUGUAAGCUAUAAUAUGUAAAGUGUAUGCUUAAUUAAUUACAUAUGCAUUUAGUCGUACUUCAGAUUAUUUUUUAUUAUUAUUUAUGCUAUGCUUUGGUGUCGUAGUACUAAUACAUUGUAAGAUCUAUAAUCAAGUCUAAUUAAUAAAAGACGUGACUGAUUUAAUUUUU